GCUCAAACUCUCGGGUGUAAAUAGAAAUACGCAGAAAUAAAGGGCAGUUUGGCGAACAAUGGCGGCUGGUAAGGAGAGAGAGAAUACUGAGGUAGAGAGUUGGUGAACGAGGCAACCGUUUUGACAAUCAGAAAAUAAAAGCUCACUGUUACUUUAUAGUUCCUACCACCACCAAUUUUCCACUCCAAAACUGCAAAUCGAAAGCUUUUAGAAGAUGGAAUCAGGAUCUUGGCACAUCGAGAAAAGAGAUAGUUUUAAAAGCGAACCGUUUGGAAGAGAUGUUGACAAUGCGCCUGAAACUGGGUGUCUCUCCAUUGUUGUGCUUGGUGCUUCUGGAGAUCUUGCUAAGAAGAAGACCUUUCCAGCACUCUACCACCUCUUUCUGCAGGGAUUCCUGCACCCCGGUGAAGUUCACAUUUUUGGCUAUGCAAGGACUAAGAUUUCAGAUGAUGAGCUAAGAAAUCGCAUUCGCGGGUAUCUUAUCACUGACAAAAGUGCUUCAACGGAGCACUUGGAUAAUGUAACCAAGUUUCUCAAACUGGUUAAAUAUGUAAGUGGUUCGUAUGAUUCUGAGGAAGGUUUUCAGCUGCUGGACAAGGAAAUUGCAAAGCAUGAGUUAUCAAAAAAUAGCUUGGAGGGAUCAUCUCGGAGACUCUUUUAUCUGGCACUUCCUCCAUCUGUUUAUCCAUCUGUAUGCAAGAUGAUCAGGCAUAAUUGCAUGAAUAAAUCCGAUCUUGGUGGAUGGACUCGAAUUGUAGUUGAGAAGCCUUUUGGCAAAGAUUUGGAAUCUGCAGAGCAACUCAGUUCCCAGAUUGGACAGUUGUUUGAUGAACCACAAAUUUACCGGAUUGAUCAUUAUUUGGGAAAGGAAUUGGUGCAGAAUUUGUUGGUUCUUCGAUUUGCAAAUCGCUUCUUCUUGCCCCUCUGGAAUCGUGACAAUAUUGACAAUGUACAGAUUGUAUUCAGGGAGGAUUUUGGGACAGAAGGCCGUGGUGGAUAUUUUGAUGAAUAUGGCAUUAUUCGCGAUAUCAUUCAAAAUCAUCUAUUGCAGGUUCUCUGUCUAGUUGCCAUGGAAAAGCCAGUUUCUCUCAAACCUGAGCACAUUCGGGAUGAGAAAGUGAAGGUUCUUCAAUCAGUUCUUCCAAUUAAAGAUGAAGAGGUUGUUCUUGGACAAUAUGAAGGCUAUAGGGAUGAUCCAACAGUUCCUGAUCACUCAAACACUCCAACUUUUGCAACUGUAGUUCUGAGAAUACAUAAUGAAAGAUGGGAGGGUGUCCCAUUUAUACUUAAGGCCGGUAAAGCAUUGAAUUCGAGAAAGGCAGAAAUACGAGUUCAGUUUAAGGAUGUUCCUGGUGAUAUAUUCAAAUGUAAAAGGCAAGGGAGAAAUGAGUUUGUCAUACGCCUUCAACCCUCAGAAGCCAUGUACAUGAAGCUGACGGUCAAGCAGCCUGGACUGGAGAUGUUGACUGUCCAAAGUGAAUUAGACCUGUCGUAUAGGCAACGUUAUCAAGGGGUUACAAUCCCAGAGGCUUAUGAACGUCUAAUCCUUGACACAAUAAGAGGUGAUCAGCAACACUUUGUUCGCAGAGAUGAGUUGAAGGCGGCGUGGGAGAUAUUCACCCCUCUUCUGCACAGAAUUGAUGAUGGAGAAAAGAAACCACUUCCUUACAAACCAGGUAGCCGAGGUCCUGAAGCAGCAGAUGAGCUGCUAGCAAAAGCCGGUUAUGUUCAAACACAUGGCUACAUAUGGAUCCCUCCCACCUUGUAGACUUGAGCAUACUUGGUUUUAUGGUGUGUCUAUCCUGUUGCCUGCCUUUAAAUAUAGUUUGUUAUGGAAAACUGGAUUUUGCAUAAAGCUUGAUAAGCUCUAUUAUCAGAAUAAGAAUAUAUGCUAUGGUGUGUAUUAGAGAGAUACUUGAGCAUUAUAUAAGCAACAGAUACAAUGCACCACCUUUUUGUAAUAAAUUGCUGAUGUUCAGGAACGGUCUGCCUCUCAGAAAGAAAAGAGAUCGAUUCAGCAAA